AUGGACAUAAAGACAAAAGGAUGGGGUGCAGGGACCUGGCUGGGCUACAGCGGGACGGCAGGCAGGGAGGCCAUGGGCCCCGGGGCUGCCACCAAGGUUGUGACAAAGGAUGCAGAUGAGUGGAAAGAAUCUGAGCAAAAAGAGGUUGAUUACAGCAGCCUAAGAGUUCAAACAAUGCAAAUAAGUGAAAAGGAAGAAGAUGAAAAUGAAAAAAGAGAAGAUCCAGAUGAUAAUCGGGAAGAAGGUAGAGGUGGUGGUGGUGAUGUAGAAACAUCUUCAGGUACCUGGAAUAAAACAGCUCCUGUACAAACAUCUCCUGCGCCAGUAGUUGUUACAGAAACCCCAGAACUGACAAUGACUAGAGGCAUGUAUAGGCCUCUUGGGGUCAGGUUGACCACAGCAAGGAAAGCACCACAAGGACCACUAGAAAUCUACAGUGAUACACAGUUCCCAUCCCCGCAGUCCACUGCCAAGCAUGUAGAAAGCCAGAAUAGGGAUAAAGAAAUGGAGAAGAGCUUUGAAGUAGUAAGACACAAAACUAGAGGUAGGGAUGAGGUUUCAAAAAACCAGGCCCUUAAACUUCAGCUAGACAACCAGCAUGCUGUGCUUGAGAAUCAGAAAAGCAGCCACACAGUACAAUUAAGGAAUGGUGUUUGCUAACCCUUCUAAGGUAACUAGACCACAGCUAACCAC